CUCGUCAGUGAAAGCAUCCGUUCCGACCUUCUCUACAUAGUCAUUAAUGCCAGGUCGGCCAGUCUGUGAUAAUCUCAUCACAUUCGGGCCAACUGGCCCAUCACUGAUGAGGUAGUCAUCACUGACCCCGAGGCACUGACCGGCUAGAAACUCAUCUGUGAUGACACAUUUUUGCCGGUCAGUGUUACAUGGAUCUUAGUAGUGAGACAUCAAUACAAGGUCGCACUGGCUAGGCCUAGGCGAAAACCAAGAACAAACUUGGUACAACAAACUACCCUCCAAAAAGUCAACCAUUAUAUAUGUCAACUAUCAAAUGAAAAACAAUAAUACAAGUUUCUUUGAACAGGGCCUCCUUUUCUUUUCAAUUAUGUCGAUUUUUAACAGAUGUUGUUUUACUUUCUUUUUCUAGUAGUUUUUUACAUGUUCUUCUAGUAGUAUAGAUUGAAUCCAGACGUGCAUUUUCAUGACAUGACAACUAACACUGCUGUGGAUGUUGUAAAUAAAAUUCACAGGCAGUUACACUAAUUAAACAUUUGGUACAAAUACUUCAGAUACGGCAGAACAUAAGUGCAAAUCUCAUCAGAAUAGCUAGGCACUGACAAUUCAAUUUUGAACUAAGAUAAUCACGAAAUAAAUCAGAUUAUUUUAAAGAGAUAAAGUACAACAAACUAUCCUUGAAAAAAUCGAGCAAGGCCAUUACAUAUAUCAACUAUCAAAUGGAAAAGAAAGAAAAUUUUCUUUGAACAGUGAAUCUCCUUUUUUAACAAUUCAAUUAGGAACCUUAAUAAUGUUGAAACCCAUGCACGCGUUCCUAAUGAACACUUUUUUAUACAUCCGAUGCGCAGCCAGGCCUAGAACUAAUCGACAGGACAACUGCUGUAAUCUGGACUCAUUCUCUGUCAUAAUCACCAUGUCUGACAUUGGGAACAAAGCAACAAGAAGAGCAACAAAAAAAAUUAGUUUACAUCAACACCACAGCCUCACUACUCUUCCUUCAUAGCCCACAUCCUCACUACUCUUCUGUCAAAGCACUGGAUCUGCUGCUACUGCUGCUCAAUAACCAAGGUGUGUGCUUCCCUACGUUUGCUACUUGCUCAGAUGAGGAGCCUGAGCAGUGGUAUUAGGCGUGUCAUAGAUUCAAAAUCGUUUUAGGUGUGCUGUUUCUGUUAUUGAUGCUUAAACAUUACUACAUUAGUAAUAUGUUUAACCGGCUAAAAUAGUUAUUCUCGUGUCUGCAAGCCUUCAUUUUUUUUCAAUCGGUAAUGGCGUGCCAAAAACAAUCAUAAGCUGAAUCUCGAAUAAAAAAGGAAGAAGCAGAAGGUGAAGGAAAUGAAGAAAAAAAGAGCUCGCUGAUCAGAAUUCCAUUUAACGGGCAUUCUAGAUUGUAGCACACGAGCAAGGUGAACCGAAAUUGGUCUCACAUAAUUUAGCUUCCAGUUCCCAUUUUUCUUGUUCCAGGAAACAAGCUGAUUUAUUUGCUGUGGGACAAAGAAGAACCAUAUAUCUCAUACUGCGGGAGGUGGAAAUCAGACUUUCCACAAUGGCGAUUGAACCUCUCCGUGACAAUCUGGACACCAUUGCAGCAACCGACCAACGAUACGACAGUGAUUCCACUUCUCAGCAGCAAUUCACUGUGUACAACUACCAGCUGAGUGGUCCACACUCCACAGUUCUUUCCCCAGCCAACCAAGCAAGUACAUAUGGUGGAGUAACCAGCCUUGGACAAAACCAAGUUCAGAUUGCUGCAGAGGGUAGCCCUGAGCACUGCCGGAUUACAUCAAACUAUGCUCUUCACUGCAUAAGUCAGAUGCUGAUGGAAGACAUUGACGAGGGGGUUGACAUAUGCCAAGAGGAGGCUGCUCUCCAGGUUGCUGAGAAGCCGUUCCGUGACAUUCUUCGACAGGUAUACGCGCCGGCUACUAACUGGCCACCACUGCAUAGCAACAACGAAAAAGACAACCCUGAUAAGAGUGCGAUCAGCUGUUACAAGAGGCUCGGGAGCACUAGCUUCAGUAAUGACUGUUCAAGUUACAGCUUGGUACAGCCCUUAACAACCCCGAUGAGUCCAUAUAUCUGCAAUAGGAGUGUUUUUCUACCAAACCAGCCAUUGAUAAGUGUUGGAUGGACUUCCGGAUCUGGCUUCCCUGCCUUGCAUUGUCAGAGAGGUGUCAAGGAGGAAAAGAUAUUUGCUUCAAGUAUUGAUAAGCUGGUGAUAUAUUUAGAGAAUGGCAUACUUUCUAUUUCCAAACUGACUGCAAAUGCAAAAGUAGGAGAGAGGAGCGAAAACACGACCUUUGAGGUGGCAGACCAAAGGGACUGGGAUAUCUUGGAAGGAAGGAGCAAUAAACAUCAUGCCAUCACCACUUGUGCAAUAAUUCGAAAUGAAAAUUUCGACCGAGUUCUGCUAUGCUAUGGUCGUUCCGACCAAAUAAGAAGACUGCGGGAAAGGAUGGCAGGGAAAGGAGACAAUAACUUGCUGAAAGGCCGGAGCAAAGGACGUGCCCAUCAGAAGCUAUGGGCUAGGAAGCGGCCAAGGAAAGAGUUGGUUGAUCUCAGGACUCUCCUCAUCCAUUGUGCACAGGCUGUGGCAGAAGACCACCAGCUAUUGGCCAGUGAACUGAUAUUGAAGAUAAGACAACACUCUUCUGCAGAUGGUGAUUGUACUCAGAGGCUGGCAUUUUAUUUGGUGGACGGCCUCGAGGCACGCUUGGCUGGGAGCGGGAGUCAGAUUUAUCACAACCUCAUGGAGAGGCCAACAAAUACCACAGAUUGGUUAGAGGCUUACAGCCUUUUUCUUGCAGCUUGCCCUUUCAAAAGGGCGUCAUACUACUUUGCCAACCAAACUAUUUUUGAUGUCUCACAAAGGCAACCAAGGGUUCACAUCGUCGAUUUCGGCAUCGGCUUUGGCUUUCAGUGGCCAUUAAUGAUUCAGAGGUUUGCACAGCAAGAAGAGGGAGCCCCUAAGCUUCGGAUCACAGGUAUAGACACUCCCCAGCAAAGUUUGCGCCCCUGCGAAAUGAUCGAGGAGACAGGUAAGCGGUUGGCUGAUUAUGCAAACAUGUUCAAGGUACCAUUUCAGUAUCAGGGCAUUGCCGCUUCAAGAUGGGAGACCAUUAAAAUUGAGGAUCUUAACAUUGCCGAGGAUGAAGUUCUCAUAAUCAACUGCAUAUUCCGGAUGAAGAAUCUUGGUCAUGAAACCGAAGCCAUAAAUGGCGCAAGGAAUGAGCUGCUGAAAACUAUGAGGCGGAUGAACCCAAAGGUUUUUAUUUCUGGCAACGUGAAUGGGUUUCACAGUUCUCCCUUCUUCAUACAACGAUUCAAAGAGGUUAUGCUCCAUUACUCUUCAAUGUUUGACAUACUUGAUGCAAAUGUUCCACGGGAUAAUGAAGCAAGAAAGAUGAUUGAGAGGAUCCUAUUUAGGCGGGAUGCACUUAACAUCAUAGCAUGUGAGGAUGCAGAAAGGACUGAGAGGCCAGAAAGUUACAGGCAGUGGCAAGCAAGGUUCCUCAAGGCUGGGUUCGAGCAGCUUCCUGUCGAUCCAGCCAUCUUAAAGAAAAUAGUUCACAUGAAGAACUCACUUUAUCAUGAGGAAUUCUUUGCUGUUGAAGAUCGCGGUUGGCUGCUACAAGGAUGGAAAGGGAGAGUACUUUAUGCUAUAUCUAAAUGGAAACCUAAUGAAAUAUACGAUGAUCAGUAUGAUCCAAGCGGUUUUUCAAGUGUGCGAACAUGCGUGGGCAACUUCCCGCCUCGGUAUCUACUUGCAUGAUUCUCAGCACCAUGUAUCUAAAGCUGA